AUGACUCCUGGUGGUGCUGGCUUUUCACCGUCAGCUGCAAGUGAAAGUAGUUGCAGUCCUGGCUACACCACAUACUGGUCGUCCCUUAGUGGAUAUCUCCGUCAUUGCCAGCCAGUGCUUACAUUCCAAGCCCUGGUGGAGCAAUUGUCUCCAACUUAUUCACCUAAAUCUUCUGUUUAUGUACCUGUGUCAGCAGCUAUGACACCACACAGCCCAAGCUAUCCUCCAUCAAGCACAUCAUAUUCCCCUCCAAGUCCUGCUUAUUCUCCAUCUUCACCAAGCUAUUGCCCAACAUCACCAUCUUACUCAUCGAUCAGUCCUUCUUCCCUAGUUAUAGUCCAGCAAGCCCCAGUUACUUCCUCUCCUAAUUACAGUGCUACCAGCCCUUCAUAUUCUCCAACUAGUCCUUCAUACUCUUCCACCAACCUCAACUAUAAUCCUGGCUCUCCUAGCUACAGUCCUAGCAGUCUGAGUUCCUUACCCACCAGUCUGAAACACAGCCCUACAUCCAGCUCCACAAGUCCUAAAUAUUCUCCAGCCAGUCCCACAUAUUCUCCUAGUUUACCAAAACCUUCUCCAGCCAGUCUGAUUUACAACUCAACUAAUGAUGAUGAAAAAGAAACAUAA